AUGUCGUCCAACAAAGCUGAAUUCGAAGAAGCUGAGAGCAAUGCUCAAGCUUCAAUACUAAGAGCAACAUCUAGUAGUAGAAGACCCAAACUCUUGGAAAAGCCUGAAAAAGAUACAAUCCAGACUUCAAGACCGAGUAAUACAGCUACUAGAGGUAGACCACCACGUAAUUCUGGCAAUGUGAGUGGUAGCUGGGGUAUGGCAAAAGAUUCAACCGUCAAAUCUAAGGCACGAGCACCAACCAAAACAUAUGUUAUUCGUGCACAAGAGGAUACUUCAACACUCGAUGUGAUUACUGGAACUUUUUUUCUUCUUGAUACUAAUAUAACUGCUUUAAUUGAUCCUGGUUCAACAUAUUCAUAUGUUUGCAUGAAUUUAGUGAAUAAUAAAAAUUUGUCUGUCGAGUCUACUGAAUUCGUGGUUAAAGUAUCAAACCCCUUGGUCCAGUAUGUGAUGGUGGAUAAAAUUUGUAAGAAUUAUCCUCUAAUGAUACGGGGUUACUACUUUCCGGCUGAUUUGAUGUUAUUAUUGUUUGAUGAAUUUGAUGUAAUUUUGUGUAUGAACUGUUUAACUCAGCAUGAUACCAUGGUAAAUUGCAAACAAAAGCAUAUUGUAUUGAAAUGUCAGAAUGGUGAAAUGCUCUGUAUUGAAUCUGAUAAAGUGGACGGGUUGUCUAAUGUAAUAUCAGCCGUGUCAUCACAGAAAUAUGUCAGGAAAGGGUAUGAUGCUUAUCUUACUUAUGUGUUAGACACUAAAGUAUCUGAGUCAAAAAUUAAGGCAGUGCCAGUAGUUUGCGAGUAUCCUAAUGUGUUUCCAGAAGAAUUAUCUAGAUUAUUGUCGGUCAGAGAGGUUGAAUUUUCUAUAGAUCUUGUUCCGGGGACAGCACGGAUAUCUAUAGCAUCAUACAAAAUAACCCCUACAGAAUUAAAAGAGUUAAAAGUACAGUUGCAAGAACUGACUGAUAGAUGUUUUGCUCGAUCUAGUUCUUCAUCUUAG